AUGAAGUGUUCAGAUAUAUAUUUGAAGCUUCACAUGUUAAGAUAUUCCUUCUGCCACACAUUUUUCAUCUAUGGUGCAUCUUUUGAAGGCUGACAAGUUUACAAGAAUUUUAUUCUGUAGGGCAGUGACAGAAACCCCAGCAGAGGACUUGGAACAUAUUUGAUUAAGUGUGAAGGCUCAUAGUUAAGGCUUCCCUGCUUAACAUGUCUCCAUACAUCAUCUUCAGGCACUCGUGGAGAAUGUGGGCCCUGCCUGGCUGUUGGAUCCAGUGAAGAAUGUGCAGCACUGUGGCACCAGGAAGCAGGAGCCUGUGAGGAGUAUAUGAGCCUUUGCUGUAUAAAGACCACUGAUCAUCAUGAUCCUUCAACACCUCAACAACCUCACCACCAAACGUAUAAUCCUGGCCAGCUCUUCACCCAGAAGGAAAGAAAUCUUGCAGAAAAUAGGGCUGAGAUUCACUGUCAUGCCUUCAGAGUUUGAGGAGACACUUGACCCAAAAAGCUACAGUCACCCAAGCCAGUUUGUGAUUGCCACAGCUCGGGGGAAGGCAGAGGAAGUGGCCCAAAGACUGAGUCAACCUUACCCACACAUUGUCAUUGGAGCAGAUACAUGUAUUAGUCUUGAGGGGCAAGUGUUCGGCAAGCCUAAAGAUGUAGAUGAUGCCACGAGGAUGCUUAGCAAGUUCAGCAGCAGGAGUCAUGAGGUGCUGACUGGGGUGUGUAUACUGGUGGGGCACGGUAGUGGUGAUGGCUGGAGGGAGAUUUCCUUCUGUGAGACUACUGAGGUCCAGUUUGCUGAGCUGCCACCAGAUGUCAUAAAGGCUUAUGUGGAUACUGGGGAGCCUAUGGACAAGGCUGGUGGGUAUGGCAUCCAGGGUCUUGGAGGCACCCUGGUGGAGGGCAUCAGGGGAGACUACUACAAUGUGAUGGGUUUCCCGCUGCACCGGUUCUGUCAGCAACUUGCCCCAGUUCUGGCUGAGGAGAGACUGGUGUCCUAGCCCAGUAAGUGCUCCUGUGUACUAUUGCCUGUGUGACAACAGUAGAGUUGGAUCACCUGAAGAUCCGCCACCCCAGCCGCACUUGGGGUGGCAGAUCUUCAGGUGAGACAAUCUGGGGUGGCGGAUCUUCAGGUGAUCCCAUACUUUUAAUGAAGUAAACUUUUUUCUGCAUUUUUUAUAUCCGCUCAGUUUUUUAAUGCGUUCAUGUUGUUAGGUUAGGUUAGGUUAGGCUAACCUAACCUAACCUAACCUAACCUAACCAAGUGAGAGAGUCUGGGGUGGCGGAUCUUCAGGUGAGACAAUCUGGGGUGGCGGAUCUUCAGGUGAUCCCUGUGGGGUGGCGGAUCUUCAGGUGAUCCGUAGAGUUGUUAUCAUGGGGCUAAGUAUUUAUUAAGGGAGCAUUAAGUAUUUAUUAAGGGAGGGUCAUUGAUGAUGAGUGUGAUAUAUUUUGUCCUGUUUAAAUGUAAAAGUUAAUUAGGUUUUCAUACAAGUGAGAAAUCAGCCAUGACAUUCUCCCAAGUCUCAGGGAAUAGUUAAAUGUGAGGGCUGUUCGAUUUCAAAAGUUUGGUCAUGGAAGUUUUAGGUUUAAAAUUCCAGAAAUUUGUCAGAGGCAUAAUACAUAUUUGGAUAUCCAGAUUGCAAGAUGUAUUGUAAAGCUGAUUUAUUAUAAUUUCUAUUUAUUAUCUAUUAGAUGAUAAAGUUUUAUCAUAUGACAUCCCCUUCUAUCUCUACAUGUGCAAGUGAAAAACUUUCAGGUUAUUAUUGUUGUUACUUAUUUAUUAUAUUUCAAUCACAGAGCUGUGUUUGUAUUUUAGUGGAUUGGUUGUGUCAUAAUUAGAGCCAACAUGAUUAGUAAUGACUACAAAUAACUAUCAUUUAUUAUACAGUGUAAUAAGUGUAAUUUUUACCAUUACACCAUAUUCAGGGAUCAGGACAAAUGAUGCUUAAGAAAGAAGGAAUUUUAAGUGUGUUAUCAGGGGAUGUUUGGAUGGACCCAUUUGAAAGACCACUAUAUAGUAUAGGUUUUCUUUAAUGAUGACAAUGAAUUCUGACAAGAUGAAGCCAUCUCCAAACUAUCAGGCAGUGCACCACAGGCAAACACUGUUACUAUAUCCCAUUCUAAUACACAAAGCUGAGAAGGGUAAGGCACGGAGGUGUUGUCAGAAGUGAGGGAAUGAUGGACAAACAUGAAUGAGCAGCUACCCAUGAGUGAAACACUAAAGGUUUCCUUGGAUCUUUGUAGUUAUUGGUCCCACAUUUAAAAUGUUCUGUGUUUACUGUCAUUCUGCUAGUGCAAAUGAACCACUUACUGUUUACUGAAUGACACUGCCCAGUAAGGGCUCUGCUCAAAAGUGAAGGGUUUGCACUUUUACCUCAUCUGGUAACACUGCUUUGGAAGUGAGAGAAACCCAUGCAGCAACCAGUGCCUGUCAGGCACUGCCCACCCAAUAGUGUGGACACGGCUUAAGUGAAAACACAGGGAGCACUUUACAUUACUAGUGCAGGCAGGCUGGCAGUGACACAUUCACAUGCACAAGUAGCAGAGGGAUAUUGAGAAAUCAUAAAUGAGCAAAUUGAUAAAUUGACCCGUAAGCCAUGUCCACACUAUCAGGAAGGGCACUAGUUGCUGCAUGGGUUUCUCUCGCUUCGCUUCUAAAACAGUAUUACUAGAUGAGGUAAAAGUGCAAACACUUCACUUAUGAACAGAGUGCCCUUAACAGGCAGCAUCUGCCUGUAGUAUCUAUUCCACAUCGCUCGAGGUGGUUUGGUUGGGCAGUUAAGGUCGUUCAGUACACAGCAAGUGGUUCAUUUGUACUAGUAGAAGGAUAGUUGGACAUGAUGACACUAUACACAGAACACUUUAAAUGUGAGGCCAAUAACUACAUGGAUCUGAGGAAACCUUUUACGUUUUGCACCACUUUUUUUUUUUUUUUUUUUUUUUUUUUUUUUUUUUUUUUUUUUUUUUAUGUAAGGACACUGGCAAAGGGCAACAAAAAUCAAUAAAAAAAAUGCCCACUGAAAUGCCAGUCCCGUAAAAGGGUCAAGGCAGUGGUAAAAAAUUGGUGGAUAAGUGUCUUGAAACCUCCCUCUUGAAGGAAUUCAAGUCAUAGGAAGGUGGAAAUACAGAAGCAGGCAGGGAGUUCCAGAGUUUACCAGAGAAAGGGAUGAAUGAUUGAGAAUACUGGUUAACUCUUGCGUUAGAGAGGUGGACAGAAUAGGGGUGAGAGAAAGAAGAAAGUCUUGUGCAGCGAGGCCGCGGAAGGAGGGGAGGCAUGCAGUUAGCAAGAUCAGAAGAGCAGUUAGCAUGAAAAUAGCGGUAGAAGACAGCUAGAUAUGCAACAUUGCGGUGGUGAGAGAGAGGCUGAAGACAGUCAGUUAGAGGAGAGGAGUUGAUGAGACGAAAAGCUUUUGAUUCCACCCUGUCUAGAAGAGCAGUACGAGUGGAACACCCCCAGACAUGUGAAGCAUACUCCAUACAUGGACGGAUAAGGCCCUUGUACAGAGUUAGCAGCUGGGGGGGUGAGACGUCUCAGAACACCUAACUUCAUAAAAGCUGUUUUAGCUAGAGAUGAGAUGUGAAGUUUCCAGUUCAGAUUAUAAGUAAAGUACAGACCGAGGAUGUUCAGUGUAGAAGAGGGGGACAGUUGAGUGUCAUUGAAGAAGAGGGGAUAGUUGUCUGGAAGGUUGUGUCGAGUUGAUAGAUGGAGGAAUUGAGUUUUUGAGGCAUUGAACAAUACCAAGUUUGCUCUGCCCCAGUCAGAAAUUUUAGAAAGAUCAGAAGUCAGGUGUACUACCAGAUGAGGCAGUUUCUGAUGUUUCACUAAGUGCACUCAUGUGCAGCUAGCUGUUUGUUCAUGCUUGCCCAUUAUUUCCUUGCUUCUGAUGACAUCUCCAUGCCUGCCACUUAGGGAUGAUGUGGUAACAGUUUUCAUGUGGUGUACUGCCUGAUGGUGUAGACACAGCUUUAUCUUGCCAGAAUUUAUUUUCAUUACAGCAAACCUAUACUUUACAGAGUGUCUCUUGAGUUAAGGGACAUACUUCAGGAUUUGAUAGUUCAAGUAAUUCUAAGUUGAAAAUACUCUAUACACAUGCUGUGUUUUGCUUUAUUUUGCAAGAAAUUAGCAUGUAAGUUGUGUGUUGUGGGAAGUACUUGUCUCCACCUCCUUCCUUCCCGCCUCUGCUUGCUAUAUACUCGAAUGGCAUUGUGAUAAUUUUUUGUGUACAGUCCAUGCAGUCAAAGCCUUACAAGAAACAGCAAAUGACAGAUUAAAUUUUUGUGUGUGUCAGUGGAGAAAAUGUUCAGAUAAUACAGCAAUACGGUGGUUGUUGAGUGCUACUUUUUAAACAUAACAUGGCAACUCACUGUAACUGUCACCCCCAUGCCUCAACACCAAACAGUUGACAUUUUAACACUAAAGUGACAGCCCUUGUUAAUCACCUGACUGCCAAGGUGCAUCUUUGUGCUAUAGUGAAGAUGCCUUUCACAUUCAGUAACUGAAUGUGAAAGUGUAUAAAUACUGAGUAUUUGAACAUGAUAUUCAUGUAAUAUGACAUGAUAUUCAUUCUGAGAUGGAAAUGCCCUGGCUGCAGCAGCAGAAUACAGACGCAGGUACCCAGACAGAAGACACCCAGAUACCCGGGUAUUGUACAGAGUGUAUCAGCAUCUCUGUGAGAGAAGAUGUAGCCUGUCCCCAGUAUUUCUGCAGCAGCUGAAUGUAUGUGAACAGCUCAAGAUGAUAUUGUCCAGAUGAUGAUAUGAAGCCCCACCAUCAGUACAAGAAUACAAACACAAAUGAUAUGAAGCCCCACCAUCAGUACAAGAAUACAAACACAAAUGAUACGAAGCCCCACCAUCAGUACAAGAAUACAAACACAAAUGAUACGAAGCCCCACCAUCAGUACAAGAAUACAAACACAAAUACACAAAUAUGUAAGAGGGCAAAAUUCACAGAACAUAGCACAAUUUCUCAUUACUUAGAAAGAAUGUUUAAUCUAAAGGGACAUUUACAGGAUUGGUAGGAACACCAGGCAGUCCGUCAUGAAGCUGGUAAGUUGCCAUGUAUGUUUAAAAAGUAGCAUUUAACAACCACUAUAUUGCUGUAUUUGUGUAGGUUGUACACAAAAAAUUAUCACUUAAUUGCCGUGCAGUGCCACUCAAUUACACAGCAAGCCGAGGCGGAAAGGAAGGAGGCAGAGGCCCCACCCAGGUGAGCAGUUCCCACAACACACAACUUGCACAUGAAUUUCUAACAAAAUAAAUCAUAGUACAGCAUGUGUUCAUAAGAGUAUUUAUGACUUAGAAUUAUUUGAACUAUUAAAUCCCACAGUAUGUACUUUAAUUUGUGGGACACCCUGUAUAGUGGUCUUUCAAAUUAGUAUGUGGUGUUUGUCCCUUGUGCAUAAUGUUCUGGGGAUUCCAGUAUGUAGUGUAGCCCUGAUCACAUGAUAACCCCAUAGAUAGUGAGAUUUGCUGCCCAUUUUAGUAGCUAGAUUUUAGAAUCCAGUGCAUUUUAUUGUUCAGUAUAUACAUACAAGAGUAAAUAACAGGGCAUAGAAUACAGUUGCAUCAUUAGUACUCUUAUCUGUUAUCGAAUAGCAGUGUGAUUUGUCUAUAACUGAUCUGUCGCCUACCAGUUAAAAAUCUCAAUGGACAUAAAGCCACUGUAAAUUUUCUUUGCACACCUUCAUGUGGUAACUUGUGAAAAACAAUGUCACUUAAUUUUGUUACAGGCAAUAAAUCAUGGAUUGUAAAGAAUAACAAAACACUUGUAAAAUUGUAGAGGUUGGGUGAUAAUCAUUAGAACACAAAUUUUCUAGGUAUUUAGGUUGCAAGAAAAGGUUAACAUGAAUCUGACCCAAAAGUACCACACUUCAAGGAAAGGUUAAGAUGAAUCUGACCCAAAAGUACCACACUUUUUUUACAUACAAAUGACAAAGAUAGGAUUAUGUUGAACUGCGAGUAUUUUAGACUACUGGAAUUAAUGGAAAGCAAAAGAAACACAGUAAAACCUUUGUAACUCAGAAUUCAACAAAGUUGACAAGGAAAUAAAAUAUUUGUUAAAAACAA